AAGGCGUCUGUGGGGCCAGGUACUGUGGGAUGCCUUGGGGUGGGUGCUGUGGGUGCCAUGGGUCGGGGCUCUGGGCUCCCCAGGGUGCUGAGCCCUCAUGCCACAGGGCUGAGGAGCCACCAUGGCCCGCCAUGAGCCCGCCAGCCCGGUGGUGCGGCAGAUUGACCAACAGUUCCUGAUCUGCAGCAUUUGCCUCGACCGCUACUGCAACCCCAAGGUGCUGCCCUGCCUGCACACCUUCUGCGAAAGGUGUCUGCAGAACUACAUUCCGGCCCAGAGCCUGUCCCUGUCGUGCCCCGUGUGCCGCCAGACCUCGAUCCUGCCCGAGCGGGGGGUCCCGGCUCUGCCCAACAACUUCUUCAUCACCAACCUGAUGGAG